AUGUACAAGUUUACCGAGCCGAGCUCCCCUGCGACGCCGCAGCGCAAUCAGCGAGGCGCUCCCAGCGCGCUCUUUUCCUUCACUGGCGAGCAUCCCAGUACGACACCUGCUGGACCGCCGCCUCCGUCGUCUGCUCCCUCCUUCACACCAGCUGGCGAGCCCUCGCCAUCUUUUCUGCAGAGUUCCAUUGGCACUGCAGCAAGCUCGACCAACAAGCCCAAGCCGCCCAACUUUGGACGGCCCAACCUAUCAAGUUCCAUGAAGCCUCGCAGCAGAGGACCUCUGGCCAGCUCGAUCCGUGGAAAAGGCGCCCUUGGACAACCUUCGGGGCUUAGCAAGCACUCGUAUUCCAUUCUGGAUGACCUUAGCGACGAAUCAGACGAAGAGGAUGACGCGCUACCAGCUCCUCGUUCUGGAACUUAUGGGAUGAAUUUUGACGACUCAGAAGAGGAGGAGGAGGAUGAUGAGGAGCUUGAUGAGGAUGCAGAACAUGACGAAGACGACGAGGAAGUGGACGCCGAGUAUGAUGACGAGCAGGACUCUGAAAACGAGCCGAUGGACGAGGAAGACGCUGAAGGAGAAGAAGACGACGAAUACGAGGAUGAGGAGGAGGAAGAUGCCGACUAUGACAUUGAGGAAGAGCUUCUGCAAGAGAUUGCUGCCGAAGCUUCGGGAGACCCAUUCGGUGUAGACAAUAUGGACAUUGCCCUUCCUGCAGCAACCGAACGCAUGCAGAGAGAAGCCGACGACAUCUUUCGCGCAUCCGCCAUGCGCUCCAUUUCAGGUCCACGACGCGAGUUCAAUUUUGCAUCGGUCGCUAAAGAUCUUUACAGUCAAUUGGGUUACGCCAGAAUAACCGAGCCAGCAGAAGUGAUCAUACCCACCGAGGAUAUGAUCAGCCAGCUAUUCGAUGAAGGCGUCGGGGCUGAGGACGAUGAAGAGCGCUUGGACAAUACUCUGGCCAUGGCAACAGAACAAUUGGUCGACAAUGUGUGGGAACCGUACCAUGUCCUUCUACCUAAAGAUGACCAGGAACACGAAGCCAAGGUUGGUCCCGGACCCAACCAACCCGACUUUGAGAAGGCUUCUUGGAUCGCUUCCAUGGUAUUCCGGAUACAUCACACAGCUCCCCUCAGAAAUCAAUUCGGCGCAUCCCAGGUUAUCCCUCUCCCACUGGUGCUAUUCAAGUGGCAGGACGAGUACCAUGAUCCUAGCAGAAAUCAGAUUUUGAGCAUCAGGGAUCACCUUCCUUGUCCAGCAGCGCAUAGUCUGUUCUGGCAGGGCGUCUACAUGUCUUUGAUUCGAGGCAAUGUUCAGGCUGCUGCUACGCUACUCAGAAGGGCAGAUUGGGAAAGCGUCAAGAAGGGUACAAGGGCUGAGCGCGCAUACACCGGUCAAGUCUUGACAAACAUUAACCGGGUUGUUGAAGAUGUCUGUUCGAUUAUGGACAUAUGUCCAGGUAUGCGGGACGAGAAUUGGGACAUCCGUAGCAGUGACUGGACUCUCUUCCGUAUCAAGGCAAAGGCAGCCAAGGAGAACCUUAUCAACUUUGCUGAGGGCAAAGACCGACCUCACCGACCGGCGAAUCGCUUCGUUGACGCUGAUCUGGCUAGCCCUCAACCCACCCUCACUGGAUUGGCAAGGAAAGCCGAGAGCCGCUUGCCAUGGGACAUAUAUGAAGCACUUCAGUCACUUUAUUCUAUUCUGGUGGGUGAAGCUGAAGCCAUUACAGCGGCAGCACAAGACUGGUGCGAAGCAACCGUUGGUCUCUUUGGAUGGUGGGAUGAUGGCCAUAGCAACCGCAAGUUGGGCUUGUCUCUGUCCCAAUCACUGGGCGCUCCGCCGGUCGGGGAUGACGACUGGCUUGACCGUCUUGCUCUAUCCUUCCGUGCAGCCAUGGAUUCGGAUUUUCAUUUCAACACCAUCGACCCCGUCGAGGUCUGUAUCGCGUGUGUGUUUGAGAGCAAUGUCGAGGGCAUUAUUGGUUUUCUGCGGGCAUGGUCUCUCCCUGUUGCAUCUGCAGUUGCCGAGAUAGCAUCACUCGGUCGAUGGUUGCCUGUACCUGAAGCCGAUCUCAUCGACAUUGAGACUUUUAGCCAGGACGAUCUCGAAGUUUUCGGGUUCAACCAAAUUACAGACUCGAAAGACAAGGAUGGCAUCAAGGAUACAACUCUGAUUCGAUAUGCACGUGCUCUAAACGAGAUCAAGCAGCUGACUGGUAGCAUUCCCAAGAAGAAUGGAACUGCCACGAAUGUUACAAGGGAAGGCUGGGAACUGGCUGUGCAGGUUGUCGGGCGAAUGGACGACGCGGCCCGGUCUGAGGAGCUGGUCAAUGAGCUUUUGCAGAGCAGCCUCGACAAGCUUGAGCCAGACAGUCAGGAAACAGUCAACAAGAUGUGGACGUUGCUCAACCAGCUCGGUAUGAUCAAUUUUGCCGAGGAUACUGCUGAGCGAUACGGCGACAUACUAAAGGAAGAUACCUACCGGUUUGGAGACAUGCUUUGGUACUAUGCCCUAGCUCACCGGCCCGGUAAGAUUCGAGAUGUGCUUAAUGGUCUCAUGUCGAUUUCUCUUGCCGAAUCCACUACGUAUCCGCCAGAAAGCGAGCUGGACGAGCGUCUGCGAUCAAUACUGAAGGAGCGUACCACUGUGCUUGAACAAUUUGCACUCCAGGAUCUGGAAGCUGCUGAACUGUUGGGCAAGAUGUUGAGUGGUUAUGCGACACUUCGAAAGUUCUAUGAGCUCCGAGACGGCAACGGCAAAGGCAACUCGCAUUCACUGGCGCGACGUCAGCAAGCUGCAACAGCGCUAUCCUUCGUUAUCGCUAGUGCCGACGACAACAUUCGAGGCGGCAUGUACGAUGAUACCCGUGAUGCUGUGGUCAGUGAAGACUUUAUCCUCGCUUUGCUGGGUGAGGCUUCGGUCUUUGUGAAUCAAAAGCCAACUGUGCUCAACCAAGACCAGCUCGACACCCUUUUGAAGGCGGUCGAGGAUAUUCAAACGGUUGGCUCAAGGGUUUACGAGGCGGCAGAUGCAUUCUUCCAAAUGGUCAUGUCUUCUGGUCACGGCAAGGGAUCAACGCCAGCUGAUCUGAUGAAGAAAUCGACAACGUCUCUCGGCGGCAGUUUUGUCAUGACCGGCAGCUCCAUGGUGGCGUCGCAGCUGCACAAGUCCAUCCGGGAGAGCGGUGUGCUCAAGGGACCUAUCAAGCGGUCUUGGGACUGGCGGACAAGCGUGGUGGCGGGAAGCACUUCAGCAGAUAUUCUCAAGAAGAUUAGGCUCGGUCUCACCAAGGACAUUGCCAAUAUCUGGCUUGAGCAGGCUGAUAGCAUCAUGAUGUAG